AUGUCGUCUGAUGCUCAGCAGCUCAUGGACCUAAUGGUCAACUUGAAUCUCCUGUGGUCAGCACCGUUCCAAAUUCUUAUGGCUAUCAUUUUCCUGUGGCAGGAGCUUGGCGUUGCAAUAUUAGCUGGUGUAGCCGUACUGAUUCUUAUUAUACCUCUGAAUGCAUAUAUUGCUGCUAAAGUAAAGCAGCUAAAGGUAGACUCAAAAGAUAUUGUUUUCUUCUAAAUUAUAUUUGCAUAAAUAAUGUUUUAAAUGGCUAUUCUCCAUUCACAUGUAAAACUUGUCGGUUUGGCUCUGUUACUGUUAUGAGAUCAAUGAUACUUCUUAAAUGUUUCUGUCAUAUAGGUCACGCCUGGUACAUAAUAAAUAACUUUCCUUUCUGUUUUAUGUUAUACAGAAAAGUCAUCUAAAGAGUAAAGACCAGCGAAUCAAAUUAUUAAAUGAAAUCUUGCAUGGAAUAAAGGUAUUUUUUUUAAUAUAAUAUUGCAUUAAGCUGUAGUUGUUCUGGUGACUAUAGUGUUCCUUUAACAUUUUCCAAGUAUGCAUCUUUGAUUUUAAUAGUGGUUUUUUUUUUUGGCCCAAAUCACUCCUCCCUAUGUUGUAUCCUAGUGUCGCUUAUAUUUUGCUGUAUAUGUGUGUAUAACCAAGAUAUACAGCAAUGAAACUCACAGCAAUAUAUCUUUAAACUACAAUAAAUGUGUUUAGAAAUUAGUCUUUGUAAAAAAGAUAUUUUCAUCCUGUUCUAUAUAAAAUUUUCCUGAUGAUGGGUAUUUGGCAUGAAUAUAUUUGCAUGUUCCAGGAUUUAAUGCAUUUUAAUAUGAAUCAAAUCAGUAAUGUACUGUGUAAAUGACUUAUCCAGUCUAAUACUCAUUUUCGGCAUGAUUAGUGAAAAAGUAGAGAAUAUUACUAAAAGUGAAAAUGUGGAAAUAUACUUGAUAUUUCUUGCUAAAUCGUCAUAUUUUGCAGAUUUUAAAGCUGUAUGCAUGGGAACCCUCUUAUCAAAAGAAGGUUGUUGACAUCCGGGAAAACGAGAUGGAUGUAUUGAAAUCCACCGGUUACUUGACUACAUUCUCCAUGCUGACAUUAACAUGUAUUCCUUUUCUGGUAAUCACUGUGCUAUUUAUUUUUUUCAUUCUAAUACAGUACAAAUACUAUUGUUUUAUAAUAGAGUGUUUUCUGUAAUGUCCACACCAAUUACUUACUGUCUAUGUAUAUAUUUGCCAUUUGGAAAGAGAUAGUGUAAUCUAAACUUGGUGUUGUAUGCUCUAAAUGGUUAGUUUAUAUAAUUUAACAACUAUAUAGUAAAAUACAUGUUAUGUUGAGAGCUGGACGGGGGAGGUGCUGAGUGUUUCUGUGUGUCUAGCAUUAUGUACCUGUAUAUGUGCCUGAAAGAGUGUGUGUCUGUGUAUGUGCAUUUCUGACCGAGUGUGUAUGUGUUUCUGGCAUUUUGUAACUGUAUGCGCACGAGCAUCCUUGUCUGUGUCUGUGACCAUAUGUUUGUGGGAUAGUUGCUUGUGUUGUUUGUAAGGGGGGUUGCUUGUGUUUUGAUUUUGUGUUUUGUUUGUGGUGCGGCAGUGUUCCAUAUGUGGGAGUUGACUGUGUAUAAAGAUGACUAAUGUAAUAGAGUUGAGGGGUGCAUGUUAAAGGGUUAGAGUGGUAGGUUGGUGAGUGUAACAAGGUUGGGGGUAAUUGUGAUGGAGGGUGAUUCUUACAAGAUUAAGGGGUGAGUGUGACAGACAGUGCUGCAAAGUAAGGCAUGGUGAGUCUGACAGGGUUGUGUGAAUUUUGUAUGGCUGUGCAGGGAAAUCUUUUGAUCUCCCUGCCGGCUCGCAUGGGGAGGAACAAUUAGAGCUGGAGCUCCUGGGCCCUGCCUGGGGGACACCUUGGUUAACUAAUGGGUAAUCCGGAAUGGAUUCAUGUCAAUAGAGGAGGAUUGGGCUGGAGGGAGAAGGUAUCCUUGGAACUGUUAUAAGAGAAUUCUAAAGAAGCCACGUACAGAGAGUCCGGACACAGGUCAGUUCAGGAAGCAAAGGUCUUUAUUCUCACCGAUCGGGUCUCAGCUGAACUCAUGUUCAGAAUGUCUGAGCACUGAGCACAUGGAGUACAGGCUUUUUUAAGCUAUUCAUCCCCCAUCUGUACCCUUACAGCAAUCAACAAACAUUAUUUACAGCAUUACCUUAUAUGGAUAGGUAGUAUGGCACUAGGAGAAUGAAAUGUGGUUUUUCAAAUCCAGCACAUGCUCAGUACAUUGAUGACAGUAUCUUAGCUAUACGUAACUAACUAACAGAUACCUGUACUUGUAUAUGCCACAUGGAGAUUUUAGGCCUACUAACUUUUGGGCCUAGCUGAAAUCCCAUCACAGAACUGGAACGGGCGUGAGGUUUACCUCAGAGAGACUAGCUAGCAGAGCAAGGGUUAUUCUAACUAGUGCUCAUAAAAACAUUGGAUUUUGGUUGGAGUAGUACUUUAAAUAUUUGUCAAGCCAAAGAAUUGGCACAAACAUAACAAUUCCCUUGUCAAAGUGCCACUUUUCACUGCUUAUUGAUUACCACCAUAAUAAUACUUUAGUUGGGAAAAGUGUAUAAAGCAGUGUAAAUUAACUUUUUUUUGUUUUACCCAAAUUUAGCUUUUAAAUGGCUAUUUCCACGUGGCAUGUUAUAGUUUGUCAGAAUAUUUGAUUUUUGACAAUGCUUUUCUAAAAUUGGGCAAUCAAAUAUUUAGUUUUUAUGUAUAAUGAAACACACUAACCCUUUAUGUGAUACGUGCACACCUUUUAUAUGCACAUAUUGGUUUAUAUGAAAAUCCUUGAUCUUACAGUUUAUCUAUUAUUUCAUCAACUACAGUUUUACAGAAGAUGUCUACCCGAACACAUUUCAGAAAUUAAAAGUGAAUUUAAAAUCUCAGGAUAAAAUAGCCAAAUAGAAAAACAAAUUCUCCCGUUUUCAGUUCGAAAAUGUAAAAUUCCAAACAAUGUACAAUUUAGUGAAAACCUUUGAUGUUGUCUACGCCUUUGUUUGUCAGAUUUUGUGUUUGACUCCAGCUGUGUCUGGGGGGAAAACAUUUUUUUUACACAAAAAUACAACAGAACGAGUAUAUUUUUUUUCCACUACAAUAACACCACAAAAAAGAAACAAAAUGGAGAACUGAACAAUCCAGAAAUAGAUGUUUUUAAUAUACAGCUUGCUAAAUCCUUUCUCUCCCCUAAUCCUUUCUCUCCCCCAAACCUCUGUUUUGUAGGUAUCCAUAGCAACCUUUGGUGUGUACUUUUUAUUGGAUGAUGCAAAUGUUCUGACGGCCUCCAAAGUUUUUACCACUAUUUCGCUGUUUAAUAUUUUGCGCCUCCCGCUCUUUGACUUGCCCACUGUAAUCUCCUUGGUAAUGCAGGUAAAUAUAUACAUUUUUAUAUGCCAACUUUUUCUUACUUUUUGCUAAAAUAGAUGUUUUGUUAAUUUAUAAAUGUAUGCCCUGAAUACAAAUGUAUAAAGAGUUCGUAAACCGCUAUCUGGUGAUCUGUAUAAAGAUUAUCACACAGUAAGAGAAAAGGACAAUGAAAUUACAGCAAUGAAAGAAUUUUUAAAGAUAUAGAAAUUAUUGAUUUCAAAUCCCAAAUCGUCCUUUUUAAAAACGGUCAUGACAGAUAAUGUGGCAGGACCAUCACAAGUACGGAAAUGGACUGAGUGUAUUCCCAGCAAAGGAGAAUGUACAGUUGGAAUUAUUCUAAUUAACAGUGUUAAUAAUACCUCAUUGAUCAAACAAGAUAUCACAUAAUCAGAAUAGUUAUUUUUUUAAGCAAAAUAUGGAAUGGCUUCAAUAUGAGUCAGUAGGAGUAAUGUGAAUGCAUGGAAGGUUGAAUUUGAAAAUUAAAAGGACACCCCGAGCUGGAAAUAAACACUUGUUCUUUUAAAUACAGUAUACUUUACUCCCAGUGUCACUAGGAAUGGUAAAUAAAUGAGAAUUUCUACAGCAUGUAGUAGUCUGUUACCAUUUGGAAACAGAAGUUGAAGAUAAAUUUACACAUUCCUAAAGUUUUAUCAGCAGAAUGUAUUUGUUUAGCUUUAAUUAAUUUGCUCAAUCUGAACAAUUUACAGCAUGUAUAUAAAGCAAGGCAAGUUGUGUUACCUUGUAUUUUAAUAUUCCUGCUUGUGGCUCAGGUGUUUGAAUUUAAAUUUUCAGUCUUUUAUCAGCCCUUCUCACUGUGUUACUAUAUUGUAUGCCACCAAAUGUCUUGACUCCAUCUGGACAAAUUGUUACUGGUGUUUUUUAGCACAUUAUAUUUAAAGCAUUUUUAACACAUUUGUAUAAUCCUGUCAGUUUUAAAAAGCCGAAACACAUUUUCAAUCUGGUCACAAGAACAUUUUUGAGUAUUAUUAAACUCUAGUCACGGAAUAAUCUAUACCAACAUGGAAUGUUCUGUAACCUGAUGACAGGUGUGCUGCUGAUAAAGGAACACUAUAGACACCAUAACAACUCACCUGAAGUGGUAAUGGUGCUUGGGUCCCCUAGCACUGGUUCUCAGUUCAAUGUUAAUUUUUGAAGGGUUUCACAUUGAAUGAGCCAUUGCUGAUUCUGGGUAUGGCUAAAUCACAAUUAUACUCCAGUUUAGCCAUACCAACGCUUACUAGAUGAAAUAGGCUUUCACGACUGCCUGGCAUCACUCAGGAAUAUGGGUACGCAUGAACCCAGCUAUGGGCUGUUUUAAGUGAUCUCAUAAACUCUGGCUUGGGGAAUUAAGGAGUUAAUAUUCUUUUCCUAUACAAUGCGUAUAUCUCUUUUAAAAUGUGGUUGAUACUCUUUUAGACUAAAGUUUCCCUUGGUCGAUUGGAAAACUUUUUUUGCGGAGAAGAACUUAAUCCAAAUUGCAUUGAAACUAAUUAUAAUGGAAGUAAGUAGAGUUUUUAAAAUAAAGCCCCCACUAUUUUUUCUGUCUUCAUACUUGCUAUGUUAUCUAUACAUGUUCGUGUUUUUGUACUACUAGAUCACUCUGUGGGUUUUGUUGGUGCUUCUUUGCAAUGGGAUAAGACAGGACCUUGUACUUUAAAAAAGUAAGUAGUUUAAUUUUAUAGUACUGAAUCGGUAUUCUCUACAUUUUUAUGAAUACAACGUAUGCAGAGAUCUGAUUAAACAGAUUUUGAUGCCACACAUGUAAUUUGACUCCCCAUUCUGUUUCUAAUAAUGAAAUGUUAAUUCUUAAUUUGUUUUUGUACUGUGGAGUGUGCAUUUUCCAUCUUCCCUUGAACUCGUCCACUCUUCAACUUUUUCGGUAAAAAACAAAUGUCCUAAUAUCACCCUAAAUUUGUAAUAAAUAUAAUUUUACUUUAUUGGAUUGUUGUGGUACUACUACUGGAAUCUUGUUCUGCCUGUAUAGGCACCCUUGGGCUUUACAUAGAGAGCCUGACACGGCUCUGCAUCAUAACUAAGAUUGAUCCUAAGACCUCUGCUAUAAAUCAGUAUUUUUAUUUAUUUUAUGUGUUACACUUUUGGUGGUUGUAUUAGUGCUUAUUAUUUUUACUAUUGUAUUCUCUAGUGCAAGGGGAGCACUUUGUAAAAUAUACACAUAAUCAAUAUUUACUCCAAGAAGCGACUAGAUACACUUUUUCCUUGUUAUUUUUAGUAAAUUCAAAUCUCUACAAGAUCAGGAGAGCAAAGUCUGUUUUAUUAUUUGUAAAGAUAAAUAUAAAUACAAAUACCUAAAUAGGUUUCUGUUAGGAGCAGUCUACAGCUUGUAUUUGGAAAAGUAAAUGCUUUAUUCCACCGAACUUUAAGAGAAUUUUAAAGUCUUUUUAUUUCUGUAAUAACACAAAUCAUUUGUAUUCUUUAGUUUAAAUAUGAAGAUUCCUGAAGGAUCAUUAGUUGCUGUGGUGGGCCAAGUAGGAUCUGGAAAAUCCUCUCUGCUUUCUGCUAUCCUUGGAGAAAUGAGCAAGUUGGAAGGAACUAUUCAGCGAAAG